GGCCGGAGGCACUGUGUGAGCAGAUCUGCUUCCCUGCAGUGCAGCUGGGUGGGAGCCUGCCGUGUGGUGUUAUUAACACGCUGUGGAGUAUCAUCACUUACCUGGAUUUCAGUUCAGAAUGGCCUAAGAGAAGCUUAUGUCAGCAUUCAUUACCUCUCAGCUCCUCUCAAUAUGUAGUAACAAGUCGCUACACUAUUGAGUGACUUGAAGAAGUUUCAGAAAGCGUUCAUGAAGAGCAGAUUCCAAGCUCUUUGUUAAAUUCACAUUAUGUUUGUUCCAUGCUGUAUAUCUGAGGUUCUGCAUUACCGGCAAGGCGUCUAGGUGAGCUGUGGGUGGCACAGGCAGUGGUGCAGGGUUUGUCCUGGCUGUGCCGGUGCCUCCAGCUUUCCUGCAGUAGGGCCCCAUGCUCCUCACCCACCCUGACAACAGAGAGCCUGCUGGGGGAGGAGGGUGAGCCCCUGUGGCUCCGGCUGCACUUGCCAUCAUGCUUUGGGGAGUGAAGAGGGUUUGCUUUGCUCUGUGUGCUGGAUGUGUGUCCUGGUGCUAAAGCAGAGCUGUCCUCUCUGUUUGGUUCAUCAGCAAUAGUGUUUGCACCAUUACUGGUCACUAGCACCUAUUGUUUUGGACUCCUCAAGUGGUCUGGCUGUUCAUGUGACAUUAUUAUUAUUUACAUAGGGCCCAGACUUGCUCUUUUUUAUUGCCUGCAGCACGAUGUUUGUUCAGACUGGGCAUUGUGAAGUGUAAACCCAGGUCCCACUGGCACCAGUACUCACCUCUGCCUUUUCUAGAAGCAGAUCAGUCCAUAAUGCCUGAGGUGCGAGACCUCACCGAGGCCUUGCCCGACCUGCCGAUGGAUCCCAUCACGGGCGUUGGUGUGGUGGCAUCCCGGAGCCGAGCACCCACUGGAUAUGAUGUUAUUGCACAAACAGCAGAUGGCUUGGAUGCUGACCUGUGGAAAGAUGGCUUAUUUAAAUCCAAGGUCACACGGUACCUGUGCUUCACCAGAUCAUUUUCGAAAGAAAAUAGUCAUUUAGGCAAUGUCUUGGUUGAUAUGAAGCUCAUUGAUAUCAAGGACACUUUACCUGUAGGCUUCAUGCCCAUCCAGGAGACCAUUGAUACACAAGAAGUAGCUUUCAGAAAGAAGAGGCUGUGCAUUAAAUUCAUCCCUCGAGAUUCUACAGAGGCAGCGAUCUGCGAUAUCCGAAUCCUGGGGAGAUCUAAGCAAGCCCCUCCUCAGUACACAUUCAUAGGGGAGCUGAACAGCAUGGGUAUCUGGUAUCGGAUGGGCAGAGUGCCGCGCAAUCACGACUCCGCGCAGCCUGCGGCUCCUCCCGCCCAAGCACCAGCUUCAACACCCGCUCCCAACCUGCCAAGGCAUAUCUCGCUGACACUGCCAGCCAGCUUUCGGGGGAAGAGUCACAGCACCCGCCUGGACUUGGAGCACCAGCACUCCAACCUGUACGCCAUCUCAGCAAUGGAUGGAGUGCCUUUUAUGAUUUCAGAGAAGUUUGCCUGUGCUCCUGAAGGGAUGCAGCCAGUUGAUCUCUUGGGUAUCACAAUCAAAACACUUGCAGAAAUUGAAAAAGAGUAUGACUACAGCUUCCGGACGGAGCAGAGCGCAGCGGCUCGCCUGCCGCCCAGCCCCACCCGCUGCCCACCGGGCCCGCCGUCCUGAGGGGCCACAGCACCAGGGCGUGUGUGCGUGCACACUACUGAGCAGGGACAUGGGACACAGCCAUGGAACCACCCUGGCAGGCCUCCCCGUGUCCAGCCACCGCCCUGCGCCACGCCACCCCCUGCAUACACCGCUCCACUGUCGGGACCUGUUCCCCCUCCCCUGCUGCUGCAGACCCCUCUCCACGUGAGUACGGGAUGGGAGCCUGACGCAGCCCCUCGCGCAUCCCCACUUUGUAACCCCGCUGCAGGACACUCACAGAAUCCAGAGCUGUAGCAAACCUCUGCGAACACAGCCGGGAGCUUGCGGAGCAUCGAGAGAUCUUAGCCCUGAAAGGAACAAUAAAAGGCACAGCUGGGUGCUGCCACACGAGCUGUUGUGGAGCUGCUUGGCUCUCGACACCUUGCAGCAGGAGGCUCCUGCGGCACUCAGUCUAGCGCAGAACUCAGCUGAGUGAAUGCCAAUCCCUCUGCCAAGGCCUGGGCACGGAAGUUCCACUGUGGCUGGGAUCAGUGUCAGAUCCACUGUGGUCACUGGAUUUGCUGUAGACUGGGGGAGCCAGGGCCACUGGCUCUCUCUCCAUGGGCACUGGUAGGGCAGGCAGGGUGCCCACGGUGCACUGCAGCUCCUGAGAUGAAGCACCUUUGCUUUGCACAGGGUGUCCAUCUGUCCAUAUGGAUCUAGGGCAGCAAGCAUCCUGUGCUUCUUUCUGGAUGGAUGCUGGCAGUGACACCCUGGCAGACCCUGGCAGUGCACCACUGACCCUGGCCAAGCUGCUUAUGGACCUGCUGACAGCUGGGAUGCCAUCACCUGCCCAUCAUUGAGACAGUUCUCUAACACGUUCCCCACUAGCUGCUAAAACAAGAGAUGUGCCUGUUUCCUGGGCAUUUGUUGGGGAGCACUGAACACUGGCGUGGCACAGGGUGAGUGGGAUGCGUUAAACCCUGACCUCUGCCUCCCUGUGAUCGCUGGCUGGGCUUGCUCCCAAGCCAAACGCAUGUCUUGGAGAAGUCCAUUGCUGUAAUAAGUUAUUUACAAGUGCCCAUCUGACUCUGUGCUGCUCUUUCAAGUCUCUGCUGUAGAACAAAGAUACGUCAUGGCAGCAAAAUGGCAAUUUUGGAGUAAGAGUUAAAACGUACAAUUUUUUUGUAUUGUAAGAUAUGAUUCCCUGACCCCACUGAAAUGCAAUUGCCAUGGUAACAGUAAACAGUGUUGUUGCUCCCAGCCUGGGUCGUACAUGUGCCCCGACGCACUUUGCACUCCCUUGGAUUCAUCUGGCAUUUGCUAGUUGCACAGAGUGGUAACUAACAGCAGUGUUUGUACUGUUUGGUAAUAUUUUUUAUUUGUACAUAAGUAAAAUAAUUCUUGUCCAAAGAUUCAUUUCUGGUUUUAAGGCACCACACUGUACUGCUGGGAUAAAGAGCACAAAAUAUCGUGACAUUUGGGACAAACUGAGUCCAGAUCUUUGCUUCAGCUUCUUCCAAUCAGGUAAAUAAUUUUCUGGAGCUGCCCCUGUAGACUGGCCAUGUGGUUGGAGAGCAGAAGCCAAUUUGGUUGCAUGUAUGUUGUGUUUGGGAAAAAGAGUUAAAGCUGUGCGCCAGCUCUGGAGCCCUUGGUGACCUCCUGGAAGUGCUCGUUUACUUGGAGCUUGCACCACCAUUUUUAGUUGUUAUUUAUCCUGCAGUAAAGAAAAGCCAGACCUCACUGCCAGGCUUCACAAAGGCCAGAUUGAUGAUGCCGACAUCGACAAAUGAACAUACCAUGGCAGCUUGGUCAUUCGGCUCAGGUUCACUUCAAGUUCAAAUCCAGUCCACGCCGUAGUGCUGUGCCCAUCUCAUCCAUCUUUUGUCUUUCUAUUUUUCUGCUUGUAAUUUGUUCUGUAGUUUUCUGUGACAUCCAUUUAUAGCUUCUCCUGUGGCUCAGUGGUCACGGCAGGUAGGCAGGGGCCAUCUGCAGCACUGCGUUCCUCAUAGCUUUGGGAUGAGAGCUGACCCUCCCUGGUGAUGCUGGAGGAACGAGGGUUGCGGUAUAGCACAGGGAACAGCACAGGCAUCCCAGUGUGCAGAGCUCCAGGGGCAGUGCCUGCCACUUGGAGACUGAGAGCCGCUCCUCGAGCCACCUCUUCCCAGCAGGACAGGGUUGCCUGCACGGCAGACCGGGCUCAGCAGGGAGCAGGUUCUGAGAGCUGCCAAGCCCCACGCUCAGUGCCACACUCCCUGGCUAUGUCUGGGAAAAUGGGUGCAGAGCUUCAAGUCCCUUAUGUAACACAAAAUCAGUCCUUUAAUAUUUAUACCAACUGCUAGGUUUGCUCACCCUUCUUGGAGAAGCUUGCUCUGCAGUGACCUACAGGAAACACUGGAUACUUGAAACACUGGCAGGAUAAUGUGGCUGGGACAUGCAUCUACAUCUUCAGGAUAUAUUUGUAUGCUUCUUCCUCUCUGACACUGGGCCAGCAAAGCUGCUUUAGGACUCACCUGCAAAGAACCUUGAGAGAUGAGUUUGCUCUCCACGGUGUGGUCCUGCACCAUAGCACUGUGGGGACAGCCUGUUCCAAGUGCACAGGCAGGACAGAUGCAGUUCCUGUGGGGCAAACACAGUGAAGGUGUUUCGAAUAAAAAGCUGCACCUGCUGAGAGCCAGCUGAGCUCUCAGCCCUGCUAACCACAGACUGGAAAACUAGGCCAUUCCAAAAGAGAGAGGGCUCAGAGCCAGUGCUUGGAAGCACAGCAAGACGCAGUGCAGGGUGGUUGACUGUGUCAACUUCUCAGUCCACUGAUCAGAGGAAGCUUUUUUUAUUGCACUGCUGAAUUCCCAAGACCGGGGGUGUCAGGUCAGCAUUUCCAGGGGAAGGUUUUAUUGGCUGUUCCAUAACUUUUGCACUCACAGCAGCUCGUUGCAGGGCUGGUCCUUGCAUCCUUACAGUGAGUCCUCCGUGCUGGCAUGUGCCAUGGCCAGUACCAGCAUCUCUUUGCAUCUUCCACUCUGCCCAAGAGGCGACUGUGGAAGAACUGGACCAGGCAAUAAAUGUUCAGGGAGUCUGAUGCAGAUGUUGUCUGGCUGUGGAGAAGCCUUCUGGAGCAUAAGGGGAGGGGAGGAGUCAGUGGAAAGCAACAGAAGUGAAUUUUCAGAGCUUCACCAGAUGUUCUUGGCUACCUUGCCUGAAUUUGUAGAACAAGAUUGGUCUCUAGGUAGUUUAAUCUUGUGGCUGAUGUAGAAGUUAGUUUGCCAAAUUAUUAUACAUCUGCAACAGAGACAGAAAAGCAGCAGUGAGGGGUUUGCUUACUGUAAAAUACGCCUUCUGAUGUGAAUUCAUAGUGACACGCUGCCUCCUGGAUUCCUCACAGCAAGAAGCUGGUCGUGUGCCGAGGUGACUCCUGGCCACCCAGGCCAGGCUGUGCUGUCUGCUGUGUUGAUUUUGAAAGGCAAGAAGUUAGUCCAGAAAGUGAUGUAGAGUGUGAACUUUGUGAUAAAAUUCAAGUGUGAAUAGUUAUAGCAGGUGUCUUCCCUUACGGGAGCACCUCAUAUCUGUAGUUCCAUAGGAGUAAACUGUGUCAGACGUUUCCUGUGACUGUCCCUGCGUGUCCCUGCGUGUCCCUGCGUGUUUUUUGGAGGUUUCUUGGGAGCCUCCUGUGCAGUGAGAGGUUGUUGGUAGUCUGUAGCAUUGGGCUUGUUUGGUUUCACACCCACCACUGCUUCCUCAGCGUCCUGAGCUCUCCAGACUGAACCCACAUGCUAUCAUGCCCCUGUCAUGGGCACUGCACGUGCCAGGUAGGUGCUAGUGGCAAGGAUAUGCCUCCAUGGGCCUUGGCACCUCCUCUUCCGUGGGGCCCUGAAGUCUCCUGGGAGGAAGGGAAAUGGGACAGAGCUGGCUGGUCCCGUGUUGACCCUCACCUGCCCGCUGCUCCCCAGGUGACACUGGGUCUGUCUCCCCAGAUGUGCCCGUGGCCCUCUCCCACGGCAGCCCCAGGAGCCCAGAGAGCUGUUCCUGCUCCUCCCAAAGGGCAGGCACACCUCGCCACAUCCAGAUAAUUACCUCAGCCUUGGAGCCUUGACCAACAGCUGGGAAUCUCUCCCAGCAGCAGAAAUCCCCCCAGCAGCGGAGCAGCCGAGUGUGCUGGUGUCAGUCCCCCCUGGGCCCCUUAUCGCCCCGGCUGUGGCACUGACGGGGGACGGGCUGCUCCUCUGCUCACAAACAAGCUCAGUGAGAUGCUGCUUGGUUCAUUCGCCACAGGGAAACCAAACACUUUGGAUGUUCUGGUAGUUUGUUGUGAAAUUGUUUCCUAACAGCAACAAAUUUCAAUGUCAUCAUACAAAUGGCAGAGAGAAACCUUUUAUGCAAUUGCAAAGUCAUUUUCUAAGAUGGUUGGGUUACUGAAAGUGAUUUUAUUGUGCAUUAAUCUUAUGAAUGUUACUAUGUUUUAUAUUUAUUUUAGAUGACCCUCCUGUAUUUUACAAAGGGAAGUUUCAUUGUGUGAUAACUCAGUCUGUAUUCUUAAUAUAAUUUGUUAAAUGAAACUUGUUUUAAUCAGGUAA